CAGUAGCGAACAACCUAUUGUAGUGUCAACAUCACGGCCGAACGUUUUCGAAUUCUCGAAAAUACAUUCAGUACAUGACGAAUCGAACGACUCCUCCGUCCUUUCACGAAGAGCGAUUAGUUUUUUUUCAAACAUUAAGAAGAAGGAAAGUUGUUACCCUCGGCUCAACGACCAAGAAAUCGUCCAGACGGCCAUUCAUUUAUUUCUGGGGCUCGCAGGAACCGCUAUCUUCCUUCCGCUCGAUUUAGAUUUAUUCGUUAAUUGGAUUUGCCCAGUUAAUUGCGGUUCAACAUCCGAGGUAGGACCACUGAUCCUUGAUUACCGAGUAACCACGUGCUCCGUACGAUUAUCAUUAAGUGGGGAUCAAUCUUAUAUAGGAGAGAAAUUACUCUCUUCGGCAAAAGCCUCGAUCACCUGGCUCUUCGUCAGUCGAUUCGCGACGAUUUCACAAGCCAUCAGCUUUCAAUUCUGGAAGCAUUAACACGAAAUAAUUAAUACAUCUACGAGACUUUUUGAACUUUCAAAGUAUAGUGAUCGUUAGUCACGAAAGGCUGUUGCCGCGAGGAAACAAAUGAAAUGUGUCGCUAAAACUGUGAAAUAAAUAUUCUUCGAGUGCAAAUUUCACGAAAAACAAAAGUUCGAAGUAAUAAAAAUUUUCACACGUGUAUUCUUUGUUUGUAGUAAUUCAACGUGAAUAAAUAAUCGGAAAAAUGAAGUUGCUGUCGAUAGUGUUGGUGUUGAUGUUAUCGUUGGCCACCACGCUUGGUCAAAGAUAUGAUUUCGAGAAACCAGGCUCUUGUCCACCACCUUUGCCAGUACAGAUUUGUAGCCAGUCCUGUUUCUCUGACGCACAAUGUUCAGACAUUGGCAAAUGUUGCCCCACCAAUUGCGGAGGUUUUAUUUGCACAAAACCUGUGACCAAGGUAGAAGCAGUUUCUAGAGAGAAACCAGGUUCGUGUCCAGCUGAACCAAAAGGAAGAUGGGUGUGUUCAUCAACCUGCAGCGUUGACAAUCACUGUAGAGGAACGUUGAAAUGUUGCAAGAACCGUUGUGGAGCAUUGGCAUGCCAAAAACCAGAUGUUGAAGUGAUUGAAUCUCUAGACAUUCCACUUGUUCCAGUGGAUGAUUCUUACAACAAUCCCAGGAAUCCUUACAGCAAUCCCAGAGAUCCAAGUAAUUACGUAUAUUAUUCCUAUAAUUAGAAUAAUUGUAGAUCAUGUUAAAAUAUUACCAGAGAAAUGAUUCUAUUUUAUUCAGUUUAUUAAUGAUUGUCAUAUUGUAACAAAAUGUAUUCUUGUGCCAUAUCUUGUACUUAUUGAAAAACUUGUGAACUAAACUCUUACUUAAAUGUAUUAUUGCGUAUCCACUAAAA